UUUUACGUCACAAAUUUGACGCGCAGUCUGUACACAGUGCUCUCGUGUCCGUCGAAACGAGCGACGCUAUCGAGUAACUCGAGUCCCGCAAUCGCCGUACACGAGUGUAAAAAUCGAGCGCGUCGAGUCGACAUGUGAAAAUCGAAGAAGUAGAAAGAAGAGGACCAGCGCGCUCCCGCCCGAACUGCCCACGAGUAUCCUCGCCUCUCGAAUUUUUACCUCGCCUCCAGUGUCACUGUAAAUUUCCUAUUCCAAUCGAUCUAUUCUCCAGGACAAGACGUCACUCUCCGUCAUCCCAAACAUCCACUCCAGCGCAAGGCGAGCGACCUUCCACAGCCCAAGUCGGCGCUCUCGAUGACUCCUGGAUUUUCGGUGUUAUACGUGUUUUCACGUGUGUUCACGUGUGACGCGUCCGCGAUCGGCGCGGUGUCUCGACCCGGGCGUCCCGACGCCUCCUGCCAGACGGUGCACCAUGUCGACGGGGCCUCCUCGAGGCUUCUCUUCGGAAAAAUGCGAGAGCAUCGCCACGCGGGAGCUCGGCUGGGACGAUUGCACGAGGCGUUUCUUUCAUUUUAAAUAUAACGGUGUAUAAAUAAGUAUGAGCAAUAGCGGGAGUACGCGAGUUCGAUCGCGCCGUCACUCCGAGUCGCGGCAACUUUGAGGAAUCGCUCCUGUCGACGCCACUCGGGGGAGUUCUGGCACCUGGGGGUUGUCGCCGUUAACGAUGCUUAGAGGGACUUUCCCGACGGGUCAGACCUACGUUCCGUGCCCUGGGACCAGAAUCCAGGAGACUACUCCGAGGGAUACCUGAAGAUCCGUGUCAUCGGAAACCAGGAGAAGGAAGUCAUUCUUUGAAAAAAGAUUUAUUACAUAUAUUUACCUUGUAAACUAUGAGGACAACGGAUUCUUUGUUGGCUUUCCAAAUUGAUCCGGCUUGCCAGAUUCAGAGUAUUUGUAAAUCUGACAUACGUGAUGCAGUUGUUUCGAAGCUGGUGGCAGCUAUACGAAACGCUGCCAUGCGCUGAAGUCCACAAGAAAAUCAGUCUUGACGCAUGUAUAAUGUUUGAGGAUCUUCGUUUGUUCGCUACCGGGCUUGCACAUUUGUGCGAACGAGGAGCAGCUGUUCCUAUGAGCACCUCCCAUUCGUUGCACUGUGAUGGAAAAGAUACUAAUCAUAAAAUUGGUUCAAAAAGGAUGGCAUAUGAGGUAUUCUUGGGUGGAUCGUGUAAUCCUACAACAUGGAGGUCAGAAAUAGCGAUACCAACUCUGCAAAGCCUUGGCAUCACGUACUACAAUCCUUCACCCAAUCUUUUCCAGCAAGUGUCUCAAUGGGGACCGGAGCUCAUAGCUCAAGAGUACGAAGCGAAGCAAACCGCUCGCGUUUUAUUGUUCGUCAUCGACAACCAGACUCGCAACAGUGCAGGGAUCAUCGAGGCAGCUCAGCUGGCAGCUACACGUAGCGACUCUCUCGUUCUCGUCAUUUACCCUUAUCGACAGGGUCAGACCAUUCUUGGGGAGACUGUCUCUACGCAGGAAUAUUAUGAUUUGAUGAAUGGGCUGCUUGUACUUCAAUACCUCGUCGAGAGGCAGAGGAUACCUAUAUUCGAGAGUGUCUCUGUCGCUCUCAACUGUACUUCUAAGAUACUCCGCGAAACUAUUACUGUACAGGAUCUGACGACCGAAGAUGGGAUCAGGCCUGUUCGGCUUUCUCUCGGUCAAAACGGGACGGACGUAAUAACGUUAAGAGAAAUUUUCAAGGCGAUAGACGUCAAUGACACUGGAACAGUAAGUUUGGGUGAAGCAUGGAUCGCGCUGCAGUCCAACGCGAAGUGUAAUGUAUCCGUUUCAGAGCUGCUCAAUACCGUGAACAAAUCAGAGUCCUACGAGACAUUGUUAAAGAACUGCUCCACGAAAGAGGAUCCGGCUAGUCAGAGGAUAAACUUCGAACAGUUCUGCACUCUGGCUGGAGAAUGGUCCAGACGGUCGAAGAACAACGGCGUGACCUGUGAAAGUGAGAUACCUUCAGUUUGGAGUAUAUUAUGUAGGAAGGCCUCAAAGUUUCUCCGCAGAGCUUUCGUGCACCCUUUUAACCGUUUCAUAGAUUGGACCAACUCGUUGUUGCCAGACUCCGAGAAGCGAGACUUAUACGUCGGAGUGGUGGGGAAGGAUUUUUUCUGGCUUGAGAAUUCAGCCGCCCCGUUGAUCGAAUCGAUGGGUUUGUCUCUAUAUCGGCCGAGCCUGAAUGAGUACAACGUAAGGGGAUUGCCGCAGGAACUGCAUCGCAUGAAAAACUCCCAGCUGAUUCUGCUGGUCGUGCCGCAGCACUCCCGUGGCAUCACCAUCAUGGCUCUGGCAGCUCACUUGAUUGGACUGCGCGCUAAGCUUGUCCUGUGUGUUCAGAUUCUCCCAGACGACUCCAUAGUCUCCGGAGAAAAGCUCACCCAACAAGCGACGAAGGACUACAAUCGAGGGAGGAUGUACCUGUCGGACUACGCAACGCGCGAAGGAGUACCUGUAUUUCACAAUGUCGCCGAUGCACUGCAGCACGCGAUACAGCUAGUUCAAAGUCCCUGUUGACUUAACUCCUGUUGUUUUCUCUCUUUCUCUCUCUAUCUUUUUCUAUUCUCCGUACGGAUAGGUACCUCAAUUCGUCGACUAAUUUAUUUUUAUUCGAAUCUUACAAGUGCCCUUGCUCACCUACCGUUCGGGUCCUCGUCGGCGACCCUCGUGCGCGAUGACGCCAUUUUGGUUUCCAAGGCGACGCGAAAGUGCGGUCAAAGAGGUCUUAUUAAUGAAACUUUCCUCCGAAAG